CAUCUAUGAAACCUACUAGGCCAAUAUUUACUUUGCGAGACCUCUGAUAAAUCACAUCGAGCGACACCUGUUUCGUACAAUGACGUGAUCAGGUCGAGGCUGAUUAUAUUUACAACUAUCGAAAAUUCAUAUUUGGCAAACAUGGGGGAAAGUGAUUCUGUCCAAAAUGCCCAGGAAUGGACAUUUGUUGGACGAGAGGAAGACAUUAAACAUAUAAAGAAAGUAAUGCUAGAGAAAAAGUCAAUCCUCAUUUUUGGAUUGACAAAAAUAGGUAAGACGAAAUUUAUCAAACAGAUAUACACACUAUUAAAAGACAAUAAAAAUUGCAUUUGGAAGGAUUUUGAGCUAGAUGAUAUCGACGACGGAGACGACGUGUAUGAAUGGUUCAUUGAGUUUCUCACGGAAAUUGAUGCUGUUGAAGAAAAGUCUCGAUUUGAAAAGAAAUUUUCAUCGAAAUUUAACGUAUGUGGCACUUGUGACAAAUGCAAAAAUCCUGGGCCAGACUUAUGUUUGCAGAAGGACAAAAUGAUAAAGACAGCAAUAAAUACUAUUAUCGCUACGUUGAAAAAAGUUGGGAAGGAAAUUGUUUUAUUUUUUGACAAUAUUGACAAAGUUAUGAAUAGCUCAUUGAAAGACAAUUUCCUUCAUUUUCUACAACAAUCAGUGAAACAGACAAAGUUACGCACAGUCAUUGCAUCAUGCAUUAAACCAAAACUUACAGCGAAAGUUUUUGAAUCAUAUGAACUAAAGCCUUUGAAUGAUGAAGCUAUUCGCAAAAUACUUUAUGAAACAUGUGAGUGCAGAGAACUGUGCCCAGAAAACAAUGAGGAGGCUUUAAAAAAAGUAACAUAUUUAUCUGAAUGUUUGGUUUUUAAGCCUAAGAACGAACCGUAUUUAGACGCCAUUGUGAAAUUGUGUGAAGGGCUUCCAUUGGCAGCUAUCAUGUCAGGAAUGUUGUUGACAGAGGAUGAUGGAUUGUUAACACCAGGAGAUUUAGUUGAAAUUCUUAUAUGUAUGCGACUGGCUGGUCUAAGCCCGGACAACUGCCCUCCGGAAGAUAGACUCAAUAUUUAUAAACGACCAAUGGACGAAGUGAAAGGUGUGGCAUCAUUCUUCAAUUCCUUGAAUAAGGGACUCGACGGCACAACAUUAAGUAUAGAUACGGCGGUUUCUGUGGCAAUUAAUGCUCAAGAAAGCAUUGAUACAGAAGCAAUGGCAAAACUUAAGGUAUUGAAGAAAUGUUUGGACAGGUCAAUACUAUCUAUAGAGAAGCUUUCAGGACAUCAUCAGUUAAUUUGGCAUGGGAUAUUACGAGAAUCUCAAGCUGACCUUCUAAUUUUAAACACUUUACCAUCAGAUGAGUCAGUAUCACAAACGAAAGAAAUGGUUCUCAAGUUUAUGAAAGAAAACGUUAUCAAGGCUGGUCUAGAUUUUGAUGAUGACAUACUGCAGGAUCCUAAGUCUCUAGAGCAGGCAAUCAAAAGUCUCUCCAUCCACUCACCAGUGCAAGCCCAAGACGUGAAGAGACAGUUAUCUAUUUCUGACGAGCAUUAUUUGGCUAGUAAGGAGUUUAUGGGCGACCUUAAAAGUACUGUGGUGAAAGACGUCAAAGACAAAGAAGUUGACAUAGAUUUAGAAACAAAUCCAGACAUGGAUUCUAAAUGUUCAAAGAAGUUAGAAUCUCGAUAUUCAGUUUCAGAAGAUAAUGAACUAGAAUUCGAAAUGAUUUACUGUACAACUUCCGAAAAUUCAUUGAAAGAUACUCAUGGAGCAAACAUACCAGGUACUGAACAAAUUGCAGAUAAUCCUCCUCCCUAUACAACUCUUCCACUGGAAACAUCAGGAGCAUCAGGUUUUAAUAAGGAAAAUGAUAUGAAUAAAAACUUGUUUGAGCCUAUUUAUUCUCCACCUCCGAGCUAUCAUUCUUCUACCGAAGAUAUCCCAAAUAACUAGAUGCACCAUCAAAAUAAUAAUCAAAAUGAUCAGUACCACCUGCAAAAAAUUCGUACCGCCACAAUUUGAUCAAAUUCUUUGUCACAAUCUCACAAUGUAAUGAAUGUUCUCCAACUUAAACAAGCUGGAAGAGAGGAUGCACAUCAAGUUACAGAUAGCCAGCGAUUCAGAAAUGGUGUAUGUCGCACCAAGUCAGAUCCUACAACUGAUUGUCCUACAGGUCCAGCAGCUAAGAAAUAUAGUCCACCAAAUGUCGACAAAAGUCCACAGAUGUUUAAUCGUCAUAAUUCUAAAACUGGACUAUUUGGCAGUCAUAUUUCAGAGGUAACAUCAACAAAUGCGGAUGGGCAGAUUAAAUAUCUCAAAGUACAUCAAGAACUUAAAACGCCAGAUGAAGUAAGUGCUGGGAUCUAUGACGAUUCAACUGUAGGACCAGCGGCUAUAUCUUAUAGGGUCAAUACCGAAAAUGAUCUCAAAUUUGAUCAGAAACAUAGUCAAGAUGAAAAUGCAUCUUUAGCUCAAUCAUAUAAUAAGCAUGAUCAAAUGAGUGUUGAUGGUGACAGUUCACAGAAUGUUAGUCAUGAACAUAAAAACAGACUGUUGGUAGAAAUUUUAUCACAAAGACUUUCUCCUACAGCAAUAGUUAAACCUAUGCCUAGAAGAAAUUCUCCUCCAAACGUCAAUAAACAAACCCAGUCUGACAGACCAGUUCGGAGCGUGACACCAUUCAGAUGAAUAUGCAGGGAUUCACGUACAUCAAUUGUCAAUUUGCUGUGAAUAUUAAUUGAUAACCAUUGUCUUAAAAUCUUAUACUUAAAAACAUUCCUCUUUCUGUGUAUAUAUUUAUAUUAUUAUUCACUGCCUUACUUUGUGUGUUAUUUUAUACUUUGAAUACAAUAUUUUAAUAGAGUAACAUGUACAUGUACAAGUAUUGUCAGUAUUAUGUAAGUUUUGACGAAACAAGUCAUCUUUUAGUUUCAAUAGUUCGUCAUGUAAAAUCAUUCUUUUGUAGUAAUUUUCCUCGUUAUCAAGGUUAUAUACGCAUGAGCGUACGUUAAGGAUUAUAAAAGGGUGUGUCUUUCUGGUCUUUUCUGAGUAAUCAAUUGGUGCAAGAAAUGUAAAUUGCCUGGACAGUGAGUUUGAUACGAGGAAAUGUUAUCAUGUAAACUCUUUAGAAUAUGUUGUUAUAUGUUAUGCUGUAAAGUUAAUAAAAUUGAAAUUCAAACGACGCACUUUUACAAUAUAUUCCGAUAUUUUAAAAAUUGCCACCAUGUGUCAUUAUAGCCAAAACAUUUCUUGGAUAUUAUGGUGAAAAUAAUGAAUACUUAGUUUUUAAGCAUAGUUGUACAUAGGCAAAAUGUUUUGUUUUGUUGUUGUCAGACAUCGAGUAAUCAUUUUUACAAGAAAUUGUUCUGUCUCAAUAUUUACAUUCUCCUCAUAAUUAGUUUAACUUUAUACAGAAUGUAAGUGUUUUACCCGACGUGAUUUUAAUUGACGCCAUACGUCGUAUAUGACGUCACAUGACGUACAAGCAUUUUUUU